AUGCGGGUUACUGAUGAGCACCGCAGUAUCAUUUUUGUGCAUGGACUUCAAGGCCACCCACAAAGAACAUGGACCUUUGCACGAAAGACAGACAAGACCAAGAAGCGGCAUCUCUUUUCCAGGAGAAAAGAGGAGCCCGAGUCAGCGGGUGGCUCCGUGUAUUGGCCAAGUGACUUGCUGGCUCAAGAGCCGGAGCUCGCGGGGGCACGAAUUCUCACCUGGGGCUACGAUUCCCAUGUGACCAAAUUUUUCGAUGCAAAUAACAAGCAGAACAUUUCCAUGCACGGUAACGACUUGAUGGUAGCUCUUGAGCAGCAGCGAAGGAGGAAUCCAACGAGACCCAUGAUCUUCAUUGCACACAGUCUGGGAGGAAUCCUAGUCAAGGUCGCUCUCGAGGAUUCGACCCGUGCGCAUCAUCGUGAAAUAUACUCGCAACUACUCAAGUCGACUAGAGGAAUUGUAUUCCUCGGUACGCCGCACAGCGGUAGCAAUGUUGCAGCCAUGGGUAUCGCCGCCUCGAACUUUAUCCGGUUGGGGCUUCAAGAUUCAAACCAAAAGGUCUUGCAGGGUUUGGUCUAUAAUAACGAGCUGUUGUAUCGUCUGAACGCGUCCUUCUUGGAUAUUGUCCAACAGGGAAGCUUCCGUGUUCAUAGCUUCUAUGAAACGAAAUCAAUGACCGGUGUGUAUGGCAUCAACGAUAUGGUGGUGCCGUUUGAAUCGGCUAUACUAGGAGACAAGAGCCACGAAACGGUUCGUGGGAUCAACGCCAACCAUCACGAAAUUUGCAAAUUCUCGAGCAAGAAAGACAAGGGCUACCGAGAUGUCUGCGGUGCCAUCAUCGAUUGCCUUGCUGAAGCGAGGAAACAUCGAACGCAUGGCCUAUACCAAAGUCGGGCAGAUGAUACAGACUUGCAAAGCAUAACAGUGCACGAAUCCAUAUACGAGUCGAGAAUCGAUCAAGACCCGGCGCUUCAUCUUUAUGUGGAGGAAAUCAAGCACGAUAUUGAAUACAAGACAGUGUCGGAUGGUACAGAAACAUCGAUCGAGCCGCCCAUUGCCGACCGCAAUCUUGAUUGGCUUUUCGAAAGCCCAGAAUUUCGUGAAUGGGAGCUGGGAUCUUCUUCGAGCAUGCUUUGGUUGGGAAGCAAGACGCCUGAUGAAAACACAUAUGCAGCCGGUCGCAUUCUUCAACGAGUCUUCAACAGAAGGUACAAUGCGUUUCACGUGCUUGGCGCCGCGAAUUACUUGCCUAGUGAAGGCAAGUCGCUCGCUCUAGAGGCCUUGGAGAUUGUGAAGAAGUUGCUCCGUCAGAUCAUCGACCAGGACGUCAAUCGAAUAUAUGCGGUCAUGGACACACAUCCUCUUUCCAGAAUAAGGAAACCCCGGCCCUUCAUUUUCAGCCCCACCGAAUGGAAGCUUCGACAGCUUCUCGACUUGCUCUAUAGUGCACUUGCGACAGGAACAACAACUACAUGUGUGGUGAUCAACGGAAUUGAGCCAAUGAAUUCACACACGUACGCCUUCAUUAGCCAACUUCUCGGUCUCUUAAAAGAUCAAACAGCCAACCCUACCAUAGCACCAGUCAAGAUCAUCUUCGCAACAUCCCCUCGAGCAUUUCCCAAUCCAAUGAGUGAGCAAGAUCGGGAGCUCGCCACAAUUCCAUACAUCGAAAAAGGUCAAGAGCUAAAAGAUUGUCUGACCUCGUUGCAUACUAGCGACUUUGACGCUCGCCCUAGCGCCAUCUCUGAUGCCAAUGAAACCACGUUUGAGUGGUUAUGGAAGGAUGGCAUAUUCAAUGAUUGGGUCCAGGAUACAUCUUCAAGUUUGUUGCUCAUACAAGGAAAACCUGGCAGUGGAAAGUCUACUUUGGCCAAGAGAAUCCUCGGUGGAAUACCGCAUCCGUUUGAAAUGCAUAGUCCAAGGGUCAUGUCGGAUUAUGAUACGGAUAGCACAUAUUCCUCAUCGAGCGACAGUGAAGAAUCACACCACAGUGAUGUCUCUCGCAAGACCGUCAUGGCUCCCAGAACCAUCAUGGCUCAUUUCUUCUACUCAUUUCGAGGUGGAAAUAUCGAGACAAGCCAUGAGGAGAUGCUGCGAUCAAUCUUGUACCAACUUCUCAAGCAAGAACCCAGCUUCUAUGCUCUCUUUCGCGAUCACUUUCGUAAAAUGAGGCGCACUUCGAGCACGGCUCUUUGGACAUUUCCAAUCCUGUUGUCGAUACUCGAAUCCCUGUCCUGCACAGAUCAGGCGCUUCGUGUUUACAUUGUGCUUGAUGCCAUGGACGAGUCCGACAGUCACGAAUUGCCUCAGAUACUGCAAGCCAUGGCCAAUCUCUGCACAUCAGCGGGUGAAAGCUCAUUCAAAGGUUUGAUGACAACAAGACCUUUGAACUCGGCGCUAAAGGUGAAACGCUUGGAAGCUUAUACGCCAUUGGUCUUUGCCUUGGAGGCAAAGAACCAGGAGGCUAUCAAUCAAAUGGUCGAUAUGACAAUUGGCAAUAUCAUUGAAGAUAUCGUGCAAGAGGACCCUAGCGUAGACCUGUCUCCUUUCCACGACAUCAAACAAUACAUCAAGUCUCAUGCUGACGGAGUUUUCCUUUGGGUCGGCAAGGUCUUAACAGAGGUCAAGGUCUGGUCAGACAGGGGCUGGACACAGGACAACCUAGACGACCUCAAGACAAUGUUGCCUACCGAGUUGAUGGCAUUGUACAAGAGAAUCACCCAACGCAUUGUCGAGCAAAAAUCGUCAUCCGAUAUUGCAUUAGGAAAGAAGAUUCUUGCAUUGGCUGCAUUUUCCUCAAGACCCCUAACCAUUGAGGAAAUGCGCGAUGCCAUUAUUGUUCCAUCCGAGAUUGAACUUGAAGAGUUCAAGUUGCAUCCAAAUUGCUUCAAGAGCAGGAUCAAUCUUCUUGAGCGCACCAUACCCAGGGUGUGUGGAGAUCUCGUGGAAACCAAGAAACGCACUGUUCAACUGGUUCAUGAGACGGUCCGGGAGUUCCUCUUGCACAAAGACCACAUUGCUGAUCCAUUCGACAUGGACUGGACGAAGAGCACAAUCAGCAUGGCUUAUGUUUGUGUGCGGUACUUGGAACUUUCGCUAUCCAAACUCACACUUGAGCACGCCGGUGUCAAGGCGUUGCCUAUCACCUCUUGGGAAGACGAUGACUACCAAGCGUUUGCGCGACAUCUUGAAUCUCGCCCAUUUUUCCACUACACUGUCACCCAUUUACAACAGUACCUGGGUCGCACCGGAAACGCCAGUAUCCUUGGAGACUUGAGGGUUGCUCUGCUUGACAUGAUGGAAGUCGACGCGACGAGAUAUUUCCUUGUGGAAACGGAUCUACCAAUCCUGGCAGGCGUACCAAUUGAUCAUGCCGAAGUGAAACUGGCACGGGACUUUCGUGGCAGAGUUUUGAUCACGGCGGCCAGACUAGGUCACGGGCGAGCAAUUGAGCCUCUCAUGCUCUGUCGGACAGACAUCAACUUUAUUGACCCGGUCUCGAACCAGUUUCCUUUGCUCGUGGCUACAAUUUCGGGACAAAAAGAUGUCAUUAGACGACUCAUAGAGCUGCAAGUUGGUCUUGAUACCAUGGACGAAGAUGGGGAGACGUCACUGUACAAAGCCAUCAUCCUCGGCCACCACGAUAUUGCAAAGCUGCUUAUCGAGGCUGGCGCCUACACGGCAUUCAGAAGUUUAUCACGCGAAACACCAUUGCAUCUUGCAGCUGUGCGAGGAUAUUUGGAUAUUGUAGAAUUCAUUCUCGAGCGUUACGAGUACAGGGCGCGUGACAGGGACCAAUUCGGCGAGACGGCACUCCACGGUGCCGUGAGUCAUGGCCACAUUGCGAUUGCCGAGACUCUGAUACGGUACAAUGCCAAUGUAAACGCAAACGUCAGCUGGCAGGGCACACCAUUACAUAUUGCCGUGGACAGGAGAGACAUGCAAAUGGUGAAGCUACUCUUGUCCUUGCAUGCCGACGUUGACAUGACGGGAAGCUAUGGCGCCACCGCCAUACACAGCGCUGCAGCCAGAGGCGAUGAAGACAUGGUCGCGCUGCUCUUGGACCACAAGGCCGAAACGAGUAUCAAAGAUCGCCAUGGCUGGCGGCCGCUUGACUGGGCUCUGAGAAACGGGCACGACCGUGUGGCGCAACUCUUGAUGCAUCAUGGUGCCGCCAGAUCUGACAGUCCGGAGCCAGUCAUAGGGUGGGAUGAGACGGACCGCCUACCUGUUCUCGGCCUUAGACACUUGUUCAUGUAG